GGCGCCAAAGCGGAGAGCAGGAAGAAUUGUAAACACAAUGAGCGAGCUUCAUCUUCGCUCAAUAUUUCAGUGAAUAUAUUUUACAUAAAGCUACGCUCGGCCUCAUUUGGACCCGAAAAUGGAUACACAUUCAUAUCUACCUGUAAAACCUGGAGUGGGGAUGGAGGAGAACUUCUUGUCUCUGGACGAUAUUUUGCUCUCUCAGGAGAGACUUCCCGUCCGGACAGAGUGCAGCUUUCCCCGGCUGGGCUUUCUGGAGAAGUCGAGUGAUUCUCAGGACAUCCCGGAGGGUACAAAGAUGGAGCUUCCUUUGUGGCUGGCCAAAGGUCUGUACGAGAAAAAGAGGAAAGUUCUGUCAAUCGAACAUCCAAAGGUGUACAGAGAGGGCUGGAGGACUGUGUUCAACGCUGACCCCAACGUGGUGGAUUUGCAUAAGAUGGGGCCCUACUACUACGGUUUAGGAUCCCAGAUGUUGCACUUUGAAAGUCCAGAGAACCCGGAGAUUGCACAGACACUGCUGCAGACGUUCAUCGGUCGGUUCAGACGGAACAUGGACUCUUCCCAGAAUGCCUACAACGAGGACACGUCUGCGCUGGUGGAGCGUCUGGACUGUCUGGAGAAGUCUCUGUUUACGAUGGGGCAGACCGGCCUCAACGGCUUCCAGAGCUGGGAGAAGGGCCAGGCCUCACAACUCACCGCCUCCAGUCUCGUUCUCAACUACCGCAAGAGGAAGAUCAACGACGUCCAGCCCUGACUUUAUCCUGCCGCUAAGAGACACAGGCGCUGGUACAGACACUUUGGUGUGGAGUAAACGAGGACAGUCUGACAGUCUGCUCAUCAUCACGUUUUGGUUCAUCACUGCAGCGUGAAAUGUUUUAUUGCUGUUUGAUUGUUUUUACAUGCACAUUGUACAGUGUAACAUUUGCUUUUUCUGUUAUAUUAAUUAAAGAUGUUUAGGCUGGUCAGGAGUCGUGGGUCAUUUCAAUGUAUGGGUGUUUUUUGUCUUGACAGAUGUAAUUCUAUAUAAUAAAAUAAAGCUCUUUCACUAUU